AUGAGUGGCGACGAGUUGAAUACGUACGUAAGUACCAGGACGCGGCUCGGCCAACCAUUGUCAAGCUACCGAGCAAGUACACAAGCCCGACAGCAGGCACGCCAGCAUAGCCUAUUAGUAUCACGCUCAGCAGGCGCCCAGAUCCAUGUUCACGAGGGCGUUAACAGGGCUCUUCAUGCUGGAGAGAAAGAUGUCGUGAACGGAUGGAAUCGAGGUAAGCUGCAGUAUGGCCAUGUCUUUUUAACCAAAAGUGGCUCGCCGGGAGUUCUGGCUGAGCAGAUUGGAGCAGCUGCCAUUCUUCUCGAACACCGGUACUGGGGUACUAGCACACCUUUUUCUAACCUCAGCACCGAAAAUCUGAAGUACCUUACUUUCGAGAACAGCAUGAAGGAUGUAACACAUUUCGCACGUGAGGUUCAACUGCCUUUUGCUACCCAUGAGAACGCUAGCAGCAACGCUAAAGAUGUUCCAUGGAUAGUAAAGACAUCUCUUGUUAUCGACCACAUGGAUAGCAUCCUGAACACUGGCUCUCGGGACGAGCAAUACGCACUCAAGGCUAAGUUUAGCAUGCAAGACGUCGCUCAUAAUGACGACUUCAUGGCUGCUCUGGCGCAUGGGCCUUAUCUCUGGCUGGGUAAUCAGUUUUCCUACAACACGGGCUUUUUCACUUUUUCCGACUACAUUGAAAACGCCGUGAACGCUACCCCCAGCAACCUUCCGUCCGAAGCUGGUGUUGGUCUCGACAAAGCGCUCGAAGGAUACGCGAAAUGGUGGAAAGAGACCAGACUCCCGAAUCACUGCGCCUCAUAUGAGUACCCUGAUUUCAACACCACGGACAAUACUGGCUGCUUCGACACCUACAACGCGAGCUCCCCGCUCUUCACUGAUACGAAACUGGGCAAUUCCAUGAGCCGUCAGUGGGUCUGGAUGACUUGCAAUGAACCUUUUGGAAACUGGAAAGUUGGCGCUCCCCCAGGACGUCCGUCGCUCACUUCCCGCCUCAUAACAACAGACUACUGGGUUCGCCAAUGCGGACUAUACUUCCCUCCCGGACCGAAUGGAGAAACGUACGGCAUCGCAGCAGGGAGAACCGCAGAGCAAGUUAAUGCGUACUCGGGAGGUCGGAAUUUCACUAAUACAAGCCGACUCAUCUAUGUGAAUGGCGAGUACGACCCAUGGCGAGAAAUCAGCGUUUCGGCGAAAGGGAGGCCUGGAGGUCCGCUGCAGAGCACCAAGCAGGUUCCUGUCGAGAUCGUCCCUGGCGGUGGUCAUGUGACUGAUUUAAGCACUAAGAAUGGGAAAGUGAAUGCUGGGGUGAAAGAGGUGCAGGAUCGAGUGUUGAAGCAAUUGUUUGAUUGGGUCAAAGAAUUGUCCAAGGGGAAUUAA